UCAGUGGCGCUUUGAUUGGCUGCUCCGCGUCAGGUGGUCUUGUCACUGGUUUCCCGCCAGAGAAAGCUUGCGCCGCGGACUUAGCUGACCAAGAUGAUGGGAGAUCUGUGCGAAGUGCCGCGAGCUCGGAUCAACACCAGCAUGCUGGCCCAGUACAUCGGGCAGCCGGUGUGCUUCGUGGGCCGCGUGGAGAAGGUUCACCCGACGGGGACGUCAUUUGUCCUUUCUGAUGGAGCUGGAAAGAACACCACAGUGGAAUUAGCAGAACCACUUGACGAAGAAUUAUCCGGUGUGAUUGAAGUUGUCGGCAAAGUGACCCAGAAAGCCACAAUCAUGGGGGUGUCCUACUUGCCUUUCAGAGAAGACGUUGCCUCUUUUGAUCUGGGCCUUUAUGAUGAAGCCGUGAAGAUCAUUCAGGAAUUUCCUCAGUAUUAUCCCUUGGGACAGAAAGGAACGGAAUAAGUUUUUCCUCUUCUACCAACUAGGAAUCUGGAUUCUGCAGCCUGUCACCUCCUCCUAUAUCGUUUUACUCCAGCAGCCGGAUUUGGCUUCUGCUUUUACCUGAAUUCAUUGAUGUUUAUCAGGAACUGCAGGCUUACACAGACCCCCUCGGCCUGCUCCGAUGGGAGCCGGACUGUCGGGGAUUUUCUGUAAAUCUCAUGUAAUGUGUUCAUGUUGGAAAUAUAUUAUUUUUUAAAUUAGGAGUCUGCAGCUGUUGGGUGAGCUGAGAAUAGAACUGCAUUGUGCUAACUGGGGCCCCUCUGCUGCUGUAGGUGGACUCGCUAGAAGCAAGUGACUGUUGUCAUAGGGUGUCUCCUGUUCUUCCAUGGGAGCAAAGUCCUUGUUGUGCUGAGGACAAACAAGAGCCUACAGGAGAACAAGGCUCUGGAGUGGAAUAAAAAAAAAAAAAGUGAA